CGCAUGCUCCAAGCGCAGUGGCCGCCAUGUUGGAGCAGGAGUGGGCUCGGGUUGUUAUUUUCUGACGCCGUAUGUUUUUUUUUUUCUCCGUGACAAUUAUCCCCUUUCGCACAUAACAUCGUCGGUGUCCGUCAACCGCGCGCGUCGUCCGGCGCCCUGAGCGGCACUUGGCCAUGAUGAACGCCAGCGUCGACCUGUCCCGCCGCAAUCCGCAGGAGGAUUUCGAGCUGAUCCAGAGGAUAGGAAGCGGCACCUACGGAGACGUCUACAAGGCUCGUAAUGUAAACACAGCAGAGCUGGCGGCUAUCAAAGUCAUCAAACUGGAGCCAGGGGAAGACUUUGCCGUUGUCCAGCAGGAGAUUCUGAUGAUGAAGGAUUGUAAGCACUCCAACAUCGUGGCCUAUUUUGGCAGCUAUCUCCGGCGAGACAAGUUGUGGAUCAGCAUGGAGUACUGCGGAGGAGGCUCGCUACAGGACAUCUAUCAUGUAACCGGGCCUUUGUUAGAGUCCCAAAUAGCUUACAUGUCACGGGAGACCCUGCAGGGUUUGUACUACCUUCACAAUAAAGGCAAAAUGCACCGAGACAUCAAGGGCGCCAACAUCCUCCUGACAGACAACGGCUACGUCAAACUAGCCGACUUUGGCGUAUCAGCGCAGAUCACGGCAACUCUGGCCAAGAGGAAGUCGUUCAUCGGAACACCUUACUGGAUGGCUCCGGAGGUGGCGGCCGUGGAGAGAAAAGGCGGCUACAACCAACUGUGCGACAUCUGGGCCGUGGGGAUCACCGCCAUCGAGCUGGCCGAGCUGCAGCCGCCCAUGUUUGAGCUGCAUCCCAUGAGGGCUCUUUUCUUAAUGACCAAGAGUAAUUUCCAGCCGCCUAAGUUGAAAGACAAAGUCAAGUGGACGGACAACUUCCACCAUUUUGUAAAAAUAGCCCUAACCAAGAACCCAAAGAAGAGGCCCACGGCCGAGAAGCUACUCCAGCACCCGUUUGUGUCUCAGCCCCUGAGCAGGACGCUGGCAAAAGAGCUGCUGGACCGGGCCAAAAACCCCGAGCACAACAAUUACAACGACUUUGACGACGACGACCCCGAACCGGAGUCUCCCGUGUCCGUCCCUCACCGAAUCCGCUCCACCAGCAGAAGCACCCGAGAAGGAAAAACUCUCUCUGAGAUCAACUUCGGACAGGUGAAGUUUGACCCGCCGCUGAGGAAGGAGACGGAGCCCCAUCACGAACCGUGUGAUUCUGAGCCCUAUCUGGACUGUGUUGAGGAGCUCUACUAUACCGCGAGAUCUAAUCUGGACUUGCAGUUGGAGUAUGGUCACGAUUCGCCUUGUCUGCUCGGAGGAAACAAGAGUCUUCUCAAAUCGGUGGAGGAGGAGCUGCAGCAGAGGGGCCAUGUGGCACACUUAGGGGAUGAUGAGGAUGAGGAUGAUGAUGAUGGUGCAGAUGAUGAUGAAACUCACACUCAUAAGAUGAACACGAUCCUGAGACCAAAGGUCCCGCCCCCGCUGCCGCCUAAGCCCAAGUCCAUCAGCUCGCCCCAGCCACACCCCAAACAGGACGACAGCCAAUCGCACAGCGAGGAUGACGGCGGCGGCGGGACCAUCAAGCGCUGUCCGGUCCCGCAGACGGCAAGCCCCGCCAAGCCCGCCUCCAACGUGCCCCCGCGGCCGCCGCCCCCGAGGCUGCCGCCGCACCGCCGCAGCAGCCUAGGUAACGAGACCGCGAGCGAGCGCACGGACACGGCGGACACGUCCGCCCCGGAGGACGAUGGCAGCUUUAGGCAUUUCUGGGAGUGGCUCCACACGCCUCACACAGAGGAGGAGCUGGAGGAGGCGUGGGAGGUGCUGAAGGAGGUGAAAGAGGAGCAGGAAAAAGAGAAUGGGGACGAGAGGAACGGCCUGAGCGCUUCACACAACGGCGAGCGCAGCAGUCCUGCAGAUAGACAACAGUCCACGAUGCCCCCUAGUGUCCCCCUACGGAAGGACAAGAAGGAUGUCCCGAUGCCAAGUAGCAACGGGCUCCCACCGACACCUAAAGUCCAUAUGGGCGCGUGUUUCUCCAAGGUGUUCAACGGCUGCCCUCUCAAAAUCCACUGCGCCACUUCCUGGAUCAACCCUGACACUAGAGAUCAGUAUUUGAUAUUUGGCGCUGAAGAGGGAAUUUACACACUGAACCUUAAUGAGCUGCAUGAGACCACAAUGGAACAGCUCUUUCCUCGACGCUGCACGUGGUUGUACGUCAUGAACAACAAUCUUCUGUCAGUAUCCGGGAAAGCCUCCCAGUUGUAUUCUCACGCCCUGCCGGGAAUCUUCGACCAGGCCAGACAGUUGCAGAAAUUACCCGUAGCCAUUCCCACACACAAGCUGCCUGAUAAGAUGAUACCCAGGAAGUUUGCUGUUUCCACAAAAAUUCCAGACACUAAAGGGUGCCAAAAGUGUUGCGUGGUGCGCAACCCGUAUACAGGCCACAAGUACCUCUGCGGGGCUUUCCAGUCCCAUGUCAUGCUGCUGGAGUGGGUGGAAUCCAUGCAGAAGUUCAUGCUCAUUAAGACCAUCGACUUCCCCCUGCCGUGCCCGCUGGAGGUGUUUGAGAUGUUGGUGGUCCCGGAGCAGACGUACCCUCUCAUCUGCGUGGCCGUCAGUAAAGGGAGCGAGCUCAACCAAGUGGUCCGAUUCGGCACGGUCAACCCCAACCCCAACGCUACCUCCUCCUGGUUCACAGAGACGGACACGCCUCAGACAUGCGUGAUCCACGUCACGCAGCUGGAGAGGGACACCAUCCUCGUCUGCCUCGAUCGGUGUAUCAAGAUCGUUAACCUCCAGGGACGACUGAAAUCCAGCAGGAAAUUGUCGGCCGAGCUCACCUUCAACUUCCAGAUCGAGUCCACGGUUUGUCUCCAGGAUAGCGUGCUGGCCUUCUGGAGGCACGGCAUGCAGGGGCGGAGUUUCAAGACCAACGAGAUUACACAAGAGAUCUCAGACAGUACGCGUAUCUUCAGACUACUGGGAUCAGACAGACGAGACGACCACAAAGGUCACCAUGACAAAGGUGUUACUCUGCCAAGGGUGGUGGUGUUGGAGAGUCGGCCGACCGACAACCCGACGGCCCACAGCAACCUCUACAUCCUGGCAGGCCACGAAAACAGCUACUGACACACAACGCAACACACGUUCAUGCUAACAACCCCGCGUUAAGAGCCUAGCAACUAGCAAAGGGGAGUGCGCUCACCCCCUCCCUCCUCCUGCAACCCCCUCGCAUCCCCCGUUCACAGUGAGGCGCCGCGGUGCGUUCAAGGGCAGAUGACGAUGUAAGAAACACUCGCGCUCACGAUGCCCUCCCAGGAGGUUGGACCUCCACACCACUUGUACUACUUAGUUGUACACAUUGUGCUACUACUGCGGCCAUCUUGCACAGACCCCCCCCCCCCCCCCCUCCUUAAUCAAACCCCUCCCUCACUUUUAUUUAUUGUGGCAUGAUGUUAAUCCGCCAGCAGGAUAACGACUCUCCUGUUUUUUAUCUGUGUGUUAAAAAAAAAAAGAAAAGAAAAAAAAGAGGAGAAGGCUUCCGGCCGCCUCCGCUUAGCAACAACAGCCACAUAAGUGCUUAACUGAUGUCUAUUUAAUUGAUGUACAUAUAAAUGUAGUAUUUUUGGACAGAUAUGAACACUAAAACUGCUCGUGUGUAGUUAGGCGCGUGCGUAGUUGCUCGGCACAAACAAAUAACGGCGGAAAGACGGACAGACGAGGGGAAGUAGGCGACUCUGGAGGAAGCGGAACUUGCGUAACCCGCAAACGUCGACUCACGUGGACCUUUGUUGAAAUGCCGACACAAGAUGACGACUUGCUCAUCCUGCACAGGUUUUUUUUUUUUGUUGUCAUUUUUAAACGUCUUUUUCUUAUGCAGUUCUGAUCAUAAAGCUUUUUAUGUUUUUUUAUUUGAACCACUGGUGUUAAAACAUUUGCACAGAGAAUAGGGUGUUUGCGAAAAAAAUGUGAUGUCAUGCCUGCGGAAGUGAGUGUGUGUAUUAUGAAUGUGCGUCUGUACAAACAUUUUGUCCUUAGCAGGCUACACGUCAGUCCCCCCAGUGAAUAACAACUGAAGUUUUUUGUCACAAUAUCGACAUCGAAACUUAAAGGAGCUUCAUGAUUAAAACAAUUCCGUAAGAUUGAAAGGGAGACUUACACAAGUCGCGUCACAUGUGUCCGUACACAGAGCUCACGUUAGUAUAAAAGUUUUAAACUUCUUAAAACAAGCUCCUCGUAAAUUGAUUUACUUACAUAAAAACAUGAAGCUCAUUUCUCAACCCUUUGGCAAUUUUGGUUCAAAUUAUUUCUUGGAAAACUUAAAAGGAUAAAAUAGAACACUCCUUCCCAUAAAUUUAAAUGACACUUAUGAAACCUCAAACAAUACUCGAAUUGAAACAAAAAAUAUUGCCUCUUCACGUUUGUUUUUUGUUUUAUUUUUUUUAAUUUGACAUAUUUGUGUUUUUUCAUGUUUCGGAUCAUGUGAUUUCAGCUUAAGUUUUCAAAUAAAUUAAAAUUUUACAAGUAAAUAGAAAUUCAAAACGACCUUAAUGAAACCAUUUUGACAAGAUACUGAAUCCUGUACUUUCCUCUAAUAGUGGCCUGGAGCAAAUGCAAUUAUGUGCAGUGUGUCUCAAAGAGAGCAAAUGAAAAAUUGUUCAUCAUCAUAUAUAUUUCAAAACGUUUCCCAUAAUUAUACUUAAAUCAAAUAAUAUAUUGCACUAUAGUAAUAUAUAAUGCACACACAUUGAAACACGAUUCACAGCCACCGGUCAUAUCAGCUACUUUUUUGGGGAAGUUUUUUUUUUUGUUCAUUUUGAUGACAGACUUGGUGAUUAAUUGAGUCACGGUGUCUGUCAGAGGCGAGGCCAUUAUUUGAGGAAAUGCGAUGUCCCCAAAAACUAGCCUAUCAUUUUUUUUUAAGCUGUGAAAUAUCAAGUAUAAGAAAACUAAAUAUUUCCAAAACUUAAUCUCCACGAAUGAUCACUCCACUUGCAUGUUGCAAAUUUUUUUAACCAACUCCAAUUAUAAAUUAAAAAAAAAAAAAAGUUUCACAUUCCAUACAUGGAUGUUAAAAUGUGGAUUUGACUCAUUUCAUGUGAUAAGCACCCAGUGUCAAUUUGGAUUCAGUCGGCCUUGUGACGUUGCGGCUUUGCAACGCCACAUUUGACAGCACGAAUGAGACAUUCCACCGAAAUGUGUUUUGAAUUCAUCUCCUUUUACAUGACUUUAACCACCCAGCAUAUUUAACGUGAUCACUGACACAACCAACACACUAAAAUGUCUCGGCCCUUCCGUUCUGUUCUGACGCUUUUGUUGAUAUUGACCUCACACACGUUGCUUUGUUUGUUUUUCACGAUGCGAUGCGCACAUCAUGACAUGUAUAUAGUGUAAAAUAAAAUUGGGUUUGUUUUACAUACUGUACAAUUGCCUAUAUUUUGUUUUGAGAAGUGUAACAAGAUUUAUGAGGAUGAGAGGUUAACGCAUUAAAAAAAAGGAUGUCACGCCUUGA